CACCAACAAUGGCGGCCUUCUAUAAGAGUCGCCGCCCUUCUGAGCGUUGGCUGACAAAACUCUCAUAAGCGUGUGUGGGCCGACCCGACUUCUAUCUCCGUUCUUUUGCUCGUCCGACGCCGAAACCUUCGUCCUAAAGCCGCGACACCUUACAAGUAUCGCCAUUCCUUAUACCCACCUACGCACUCCUUCUUACCACCUACACCAUGACCACCACUUCCGCCGUCAACGGCCACGUCAAUGCCAAUGGCACCGCGCAUCCCGCCUUCGACCCCAUCCCGGACGUGAUAGCAGCAUUCGGACGCGGCGACUUCGUCAUCGUGCUGGACUCGCCAUCGCGGGAAAACGAAGGCGACCUGAUCAUCGCGGCGUCAGCGCUGACACCCGAAAAAGCCGCCUUCAUGAUCCGGUACACGUCGGGGUACCUGUGCGCGCCGGUGCUGCCGUCGCGGGCAGCCAAGCUGCAGCUGCCGCAGAUGGUCGACGACAACGCCGACCCCAACCGCACCGCCUACUGCGUGUCUGUGGACGCCGCGGCCGCGCACGGCAUCAGCACGGGCAUCUCGGCCGCGGACCGCGCGACGACGUGCCGCCUGCUUGCCGACGCGAAUACCACGGCUGCGGACUUUAGGCGCCCCGGACACAUCUUGCCGUUGCAGGCGCGCGCCGGCGGCGUGCGUGAGCGGAGGGGUCACACUGAGGCCGCCACCGAGCUGUGCCGUCUCGCGAAGCUCCCCGAGGUCGGCGUCAUCUGCGAGAUGAUUACGGAUGGCGACGAGGUGGAGGGCAAGGCUGAGCGCCCGGGCGCCGGCAUGAUGCGCCGCGAUGACUGUUUGGCGUUUGGCAAGAAGUGGGGCAUUACGGUCUGCACGAUUGAGGACAUGGUGCGCUAUGUCGAGGCGACGGAAGGGAAGCUGGAUGUUGAGGGCGUGGACUACUAGGCCGCGGACUACUAGGCCGCGGACUACUAGGUCCUGAACUACAAGUCCCAGGGAGCAUAUCCAACACACAUGAACACAAACACAGACACACAAACAUACACACAGACGGCGACGCCGCCAGCCCGCCGCCCCCGCGAUACCACCACCACCUCCACCUCCUCUAUCUAUCUAUAUACAAAGAAAGCACCAUACACACCACCUCGAAAAUAGAACCGGGCACCGGCGCUGUAGCAUAGCAUCUUGAAUAGCAAAUGUACAUGUACAAUAUUUCCUUACCGGGGAGUCGAGCACGGGAGUGUUGAACGGGCGUGGAAGCUGCUGCGUGGAAGGAUAGCAGCGGCGGUUCGUCCUGGACCUGUGUAAAAAAAA